AUGGCGUCCGUUUGCAGCAGGCUGCCAUUUCCGAUCCUGGCAGUGGCGCGCAUCUCCUGCUGCUUCCUGAUCAUGAUGAUGCCUGCUUGCUGCAGCUCAGAUGCUGGAGGAGGAGCAGCAGCGUUCCAUGGCCAGAAGACAGACACGGUGGAUAUUGUCGGAAGAGCCCUGUUCUGCUUCAACGAUCGCUACAUCUACAGCGGGUGCCAGGGCUCGUUCCGGCUGGGCCCCCACGGCGCGCUGGACGUGCCGCCGGGGUCGGCGGACGCCUUCUGCGGUGGGCCGUGCCUGCCGGAGACGGAGCUCGUGCUCCGCUGCGUCGACGGCAUCAUGGCCAAUUUCCGCUUCUACUACGGCGCCUCCGCCGGCGACGUCCGCUUCGCGCUCGACCGCGGGUGCGGCCACUCGGGCCUCCGGGGCGACUUCGACGUGCUGCAGCGCAUCGGAGCCGCCGACGGCAACUAUGGCGACGGGUACUUCUACGGCCGCGGGGACGGCGCCCGCCGGUCCGUCAAGAAUAAUCUGGCAGCGGUGCUGCCGCUGCUGAUGAGCGCGGCCACCGCGAUCCUCGUCUGGUCGUGA